AUGCGCGAACCGUAUUUGAUAAAAUCAAAUUUUCUAGGCGACUGGCAGGUGUCAGUUCUGUACGACGGCGAACACAUCCGAGGCAGUCCAUUCAUGUGCAAAGUGUUCGACGCCGGUCUCGUUGAGAUCCAGGGCCUGGAGGCUGGUUCGAUUGGUGAAGAAAUCGCAUUCACGGUGGAUGCUAGGGUUGCCGGCAGUGGAACGAUAACCGUCGAGGCGUUGCACAAUCAUCGACCGGUCAGGACGUUCGUUGAGCAGCUGGAUGUACAGCUGUAUCGAGCGCACUUCAUUCCCGCCGGAGCUGGAAAGUACGACAUCCACGUAUGGAUGAAUGAUGUCGAAAUCAACGGCUCUCCUUUCCUGUUGGACGUCGUCGAUAAAACAUCGAUCGCCGUUUCCGGCGACGGUUUGUCGAUGGCCAGUGUGGACAACCUGGCGACGUUCAUGAUUAAAGCUGCUGGAGUCGACAGUCAGGACCUGGUUGUGACCAUAACAGCGCCUUCCGGCAAAACGAAACGUGCUCGCAUCAUUGCGCUCAGCGAUUCGACCUACCGAGCCGAAUGGAAGCCGAUCGAAACUGGUAAGCAGUCGUAA